AGGUUGGACCUCCAUUAAAGACUUUUGCCGAGGAAAAACGUUUCUCACUAGGGAGAGGUUCUAUGGGCACGUCCGUUUAUGUUGGUAUCUUGGAAAAUGGCAGUGAAGUGGCUGUAAAGCGGAUGCUGAUGGAUUCAUGUAAAGAUGCAGCAGAAAAUGAAAAAAACAUCCUUAGUCUCAUUAAUACGAAGAAAUCACCAUUUAUAGUGAGUUAUCGGCAUUUUUUUAAGGACACUAGAUUUAUGUACCUGGUUGUUGAUCUCUGUGAAGAAACAUUGGAUGACCAUGUGCAUUCUCAAAAUCUUCACCAUCUACGAAUUCACGGUCGAAGAUUGAUCAAAGAAAUGUUAACUGGACUUAAAUUUCUUCAUGAUCAAGGAAUUUUGCAUCGAGAUCUCAAACCAUCAAAUAUCCUGGUUGAUGUCGACGGUCACAUAAGAUUGGCAGAUUUUGGAAUAAGUCGUGUUCUGAACGAAGAUGAAACCACAGCUCAUACUGAUUCGAAGGGAACGGAAGGCUGGAUGGCUGUUGAAGUUAUUCAGACUAUAGAUCAAAUAGGAAGAGGACGUUUCAAAAAGAAAUCUGAUAUUCAAUCUGCAGGAAUGGUUGCUUUCUUUAUUUUAACCAAAGGUGGACAUCCCUUUGGUUCUAUUAAGUAUGAACGUAUGACAAAUAUUGUUGCUGGAAAUCCAGUUUACAUGGUCACCCUUGAUGGUCCUGAUGCUCGACAGUUUAUUUCGUCGUUGAUCAGUCAUACGAUUCGUGAUAGACCAUAUGCUCAUGAAGCAUUGUUACACCCUUUUAUGAAUAAUAUAGAUUAUGAAGAGCGAGCUAGGGCUGCAAGUAUAUUAUUUCUGGAAGAAUAUCACAAUUAGAUGAAUUAGCAAAUUGUGAAAACAUUGACAACGCAAAUGCAAUUUAGAGGGCGAAUAUCUGAAGUGUAAUUUUUGUGUUAAUGUUUGAAGUUCGGGUUUAAUACAGGUACGAUUUCUUUACAAAAUCUAAGGCUCUUAACUUAAUUUUAGACACAAGUUUAAAAGUUUGAUCACUUUGAAGUGUGGUCGGAUCGAUAGACUGCCUAAAGAGGAUUUUACUACAUCCCGGGCUUUCUUAGUCAGUGCGCGCUUUAGGAUAACUAGAUCUCUUAUUUAGUACUAUAUCUUUUUUUGAAAUUGUUUUCAGCGAGGUUACCGGUAGCGUAGUCUUUCAAGGCGCUGCGUGCGUGCGAAGUAAAUCUAUCUCGUUUCAGAAGUGUACAGACUCGGAUCUCCGGUUUAGCCAGUUGCUGGUUAGGGUUAGGGUUAGGAUAGGGUUUGAGGUUGGGAUCAGUUUAUUUUAUAAAAAUUCAACUUUACAUAUAUGCAAUAACAUAGAACGCCCCGCGCCCGGGAUGUACUAAAUAUUCUAACGCUAUAGGUUAACGCUGUAAUAACUUUAAUAUAAUUUUUAAUAAUUCUAUCUUUUUUACCCUUUUAACAUUUAAUAAUGCAUGUACAAUUUUUACACUCUCAGUAUUUCACAUUGGUGCAAUUAUUUCAUGUACUUAAUUAAAGAUGCUGCAAAGUCCAUAAAGUAAACAAAUGCUUUGUUUAUAAUUUGAACUGCUAUAUUUGUAAAAUAUGAUAUAGCCUACUAACUAAAUACCUAACACUUUUCUGGUUCGCUAUUGUAAAUGAAUAUAAAUUAACUAGAGUACGUUUCAGUUCAAAAAAGUUCGGAAGAUGCAACAUUUGGGCAAUGUUUAUAUCUGUGGGUCCCCUUCUGUUGUGAGCAGAACUGAUGCGCAGAAAGGACUUUACAGCAUCUUUAAUAAACCGCAUAAUAACAAUAAUUCACACCAAUGUUUACG